CCGAUGUGGAUUCGAGCGAUGAUACUCUGAUCCUCCUUCCCCUCGGGGUAGCGCACCGAAGAACGGGGUCGUCAUCGCACAUUACUGCGUCGGCGAGGACCCUUCUUUGGGAGGGCCGCGCAAAUAUAAAAAUGUCCCAACGACGCACGAGCCAGAGACGAGCUCUUCAGCUCCCCAGACUACUCCCAUCCAACUCCCCAUCAUGCUGUCCCAGUCUCUCCCCCUUCUGGCCCUGGCCGCCACAGCCUUGGGCUUCCCCGAUCUCCCCUUCAAGACAUCCGGCUCUGAGAUCAUCACCUCCAAGAACACCCCCAUCAAGGUCGCCGGGACUAACUGGCCGGGCCACAACGAUGUCAUGGUCCCCGAGGGUCUGCAGUACCGCUCCAUCAAGGGCAUUGUCUCGGACCUCAAGUCGACGGGCAUGAACGUGAUCCGCCUCACCUACGCCAUCGAGAUGAUCGAUCAGCUGCUGGACGAGAACAAGUCCGACCUGCAGUCCGCCUUUGUCGACGCCCUCGGCGAGACGGAGGGCAUGGCCGUCCUCCAACAGGUCCUCGCGAACAACCCCGAGUUCAGCGCGACGAGCUCCCGGCUGGACGUCUACGACGCCAUCGUCGAGGAGCUGAACGCCCAGGGGAUCUACGUCAACCUCGACAACCACAUCUCCAGCGGCGAGUGGUGCUGCAGCUCCAGCGACGGCAACACCUGGUGGGGAGACGAGUACUUUGACGCGGACAAGUGGCUUCGCGGUCUGGCCUACAUGGCUGAUCACGGCAAGGCAUGGCCAAACCUCAUGUCCAUGUCGCUGCGCAACGAGCUGCGCGAGCCAAGCAACAACGCGACCCUCCUCGAGACGUACAACUGGCAGACGUGGUACAAGUACGUACGCGAGGGCGCCCAGGCCAUCGGCGACGCCAACCCAGACCCGCUCAUCAUCCUCUCCGGGCUCAACUACGACACGACCCUGCAGCCCGUCGUGCGCGGGAAGCCCCUGACGCCAGGCGACGAGGUCUUCUCGUUCGACGACUUCCCCGCCGACAAGAUCGUUUUUGAGCUGCACAACUACAACACCGAGGCCACCAACUGCGGCGACAUCACCGGGGCGCUGUACAAUGGCGGCGCGCAGGCCAUGGUGCCGGACGACGAGACCACGGUCAACGCAGCGCCCGUUCUCAUCACCGAGUUUGGCUUUGACCAGACCGAGUACCAGGGCGUGUACGCGACCUGCCUCGCCGACUGGAUGCCCGACAACACGGCCGGCUGGAUGCAGUGGGUCGUCGCCGGCAGCUACUAUAUCCGCAGCGGCACACCUGACUACGAGGAGACGUGGGCGCUGUACGACCAUGAGUGGCAGAGCUGGAGGGUGCCCGAGUAUGUGGAGGGCAUCUUUAGCGACUCGAUUGCGGCGACGCUGGCGGACAAUGCGUGAAGGCGUGUCUGGGCGUGAACACGUAGAGUACUUGUGGUGUCAGUUAUAGAGCAAGCUACCGUACAUUUACUCCGUACUCACUCGACAAG